AUCCACCUCACACCCUAUAAAAAGCCCUAAACUCCCAAUUCCCAAAACGCAGUAUUCUGCUCCAAAAUUCCAAACCUCUCUCUUCUGUUACUGUUACACAUUUUCCCUUCAGAUUCGAUUCUCCAUGAUUAAGCCAUUCCAUCAUUCUCUCAGGAACGGAUCGUGAAACUUUGAAAUCAGAAGUUAUUUGGAGUUUGAUAAGAAGACAUGGAUGGUACUUUUGAUGAUGAAGGUCAGCCGUCGUUUACGAUCGACGAGUACCUUGAGGAAAUUGAAGAACGGGAGCUGGAAGCUGAUUUAGUUUUGGGGGGUGAUGAAGGCAAGGAGUGCACCUAUAACAAAGGUUACAUGAAAAGACAGGCCGUUUUCUCAUGCAUCACGUGCACCCCUGAUGGGAAUGCUGGAGUUUGCACUGCUUGCUCAUUGUCUUGCCAUGAUGGUCACCAGAUUGUGGAACUAUGGACAAAAAGAAACUUCAGAUGUGAUUGUGGGAAUUCAAAGUUUGGUGAAUUCUACUGCAAGAUUUUCCCAAGUAAAGAUAUUGAGAAUGUUGAGAAUUCAUACAAUCACAACUUUAAAGGUUUGUAUUGCACUUGUAGCCGCCCUUAUCCAGAUCCUGACUCUGAAGAACAAAUAGAGAUGAUACAGUGUUGUCUGUGUGAGGACUGGUUUCACGAAGAGCAUCUGGGUCUCGAGUCUUCUGAUGAGAUUCCAAGAGACGAAGAAGGUGAGCCGCUUUAUGAGGAUUUCAUAUGUAAGGCAUGCUCUGAAGUUUGUUUCUUUCUGAAAUUAUAUCCUGAAGUAAUAUUGGCGGCUGGCAAGCAGCCAAAUGCUCCUGUUCAAGUUAGCAAGGACAAAGGUAUUUUGGAAGACAAGCCGUCUACUUGUCGAUCUGAAAAGCCAUUGGGAGAUGCUUCAUAUGAUUCCCCUAAAAUUGAUGAAGCACAAACUUCUGUUGAUUCUGGAUCUAUAUCUAAUGUGAAGGGUCUGCCUCAGGAUGGAAGUUGUAAUAGCAGUACAGCUUUAAAUAAAUGCACAGAAGGCACCAGUUUACAUGUUAAUUGCCUCCUUGGUGUGAACAUCGUUGCUGCUUCCCCAGUUACAAACGGUAAACCAAUCUUCCUAUCCAAAAAUUGGAGAGAUGCUCUAUGCAAAUGCAACACUUGUUUGGAAUAUUACAAUCAGAAGCGGAUUGCAUUUCUACUUGACAAGGAUGACUCAAUUGUUGAGUAUGAGAAAAUGGCCAAGCAAAAAAGAGAAGAAAAAUUGCAACAACAGGAGAGUGCUGAGUUAAGUUUGUUUAAUAAACUUGGACAUGUAGAGAAAGUUGAGAUCUUGAAGGGCAUUGAAGAAAUGAAGGACGGGCUUCGCAAUUUCCUGGAAUCGACAGACACAUCCAAGCCAAUUACUGCUGCUGAUGUCCAUCAGUUUUUUGAUGACAUUAAGAAUAAGCGUCGUCGUCUAGAGUGAGUUUAUGUUGUCUUGUGUAAGUUUAAAGGCAUGUUUGUCCUAGCUUGCAAACUGUUAGUUUAUUUGUGCAAUCUGAUGUUCCCAAGUUAUGAUAUUUAUAAACAGUGCCUUAUCUGUAUGAACUGUUUAACUUUUAACUUGGUAGGCACCGUCUGUCCUUCGGCUCCUUUAAGUUAACCUAGCUUUGACAGACUAAAUUAACUCGGUUCGACCCUUGUUUAGAUAAUUAACUUUUUGAAUUAUUUUAUGUAUUAAAAAUGAGGUGAAUUUGAGUUAAA